AUGAGUUAAAAUGAGUUUAAUUAAGAAUUAGUUAGGAAAUCUAUUGAGAAUUAAACUCUAAAUUUGUGCACUAAUAUUUUUCAUUAACUUGGUAGAAUUCAUAAUCUUAAAAUACAAAAUCAAUAAUAAUUUGCAUAAUAGAUUAUUCAAGGUUACAAAUUGUUUAGAUUAACAAAUAAUAGGGAACAAAACAACAGUAUUAAGGGGUCUUAUAAAUGUAUAGAUCAAAAAAAGAAAUCAAUAUAAAAGUUUUAUAUAUAUUAGAAAUAAUUAUUAGUGAAAAAUUUAAACUACCUUAAAUAAUCUAGUAAGGCAAAUGAUGUUAAAAAAGUUAUAUUAAAAUAUUCAAAUGAAGAUCAUAUUCAUUUGAUUUUGUAGUUAAUGAACUAAAACUAAAAUAAUGCUAAUAAUUUUAACAAUAAAGGUAAAAAACCAAAUAGUGAUUUUCAAAUUCUUGGAUCUGGUGAUUUCUAUAAUGAUAGUGAUUGUUAAAAUUCUGAAUAUUACAUUAAGAAAGGUAAAAUUAAGAAAUUUGUCUAAGAUAAUUCUUUAUACAAAAUGAAUAGAUUCAGGGAAGAAUUGUAGGAUUAUGAUUCAGCUAUUCAGAAAAACCCAGAAAAUGCUGACUUAUAUUUUGGCAAAGGUAAAAAUUAAUGAUGUAUGAUUUUUAAGCUAUUGCCUUAUUCAAUAUGAAUAGAUUUGUAGAAGCAUUGGAGUAUUAUGAUUCAGCUAUUCAGAAAAACCCAGAAAAUGCAGAUUAUUAUAAAUGCAAAGGUAUAAAUUAAGGAUGUAUAUUUUCUUAGCGAUUGCUUUAUUCAAAAUGAAUAGAUUUGUAGAAGCAUUGGAGUAUUUUAAUUCAGCUAUUCAGAAAAACCCAGAAAAUGCAGAUUAUUAUAAAUGCAAAGGUAUAAAUUAAUGAUGGAGAUUUUCUAAGCGAUUGCCUUACGUUCAAUUAAUAGAUUUGUAGAAGCAUUGAUAUAUUUUGAUUCAGCUAUUCAGAAAAACCCAGAAAAUGCAGAUUAUUAUAAAGGCAAAGGUAUAAAUUAUUGAUAUAUAUUUCCUAGCGAUUGCCUUACGUUCUAUUAAUAGAUUUGAAGAAGCAUUGUAAUAUUAUGAUUUAGCUAUUCAGAUAAACCCAGAAAAUGCUGAUUAUUAUAAUGGCAAAGGUAUAAAUUAAUGAUAUAUAUAUUCUAAGCGAUUACCUUAUUCAAAAUGAAUAGGUAUGAAGAAGCAUUAAUGUAUUAUGAUUCAGCUAUUCAGAAAAACCCAGAAAAUGCUGAUUAUUAUAAUGGCAAAGGUAUAAAUUAAUGAUAUAUAUUUCUUAGCGAUUGCCUUACGUUCUAUUAAUAGAUUUGAAGAAGCAUUGAUAUAUUUUGAUUCAGCUAUUCAGAAAAACCCAGAAAAUGCGGAAUAUUAUAAUGGCAAAGGUUUAAACGAAUGAUGUAUAUUUACUUAGGAAUUUCCUUAUUACAAAUAAAUAGGUUUGAAGAAGCAUUGCAGUAUUAUGAUUCAGCUAUUCAGUAAAAUCCAGAAGAAGCAGACUAUUAUAAUUACAAAGGUAUAAAUUAAUGAUGUAUGUUUUUUAGCGAUUACCUUAGAAAAAAUGAAUAGAUUUGAAGAAGCAUUAGAGUAUUAUGAUUCAGCUAUUCAGAAAAACCCCGAAAAUGCUGAGUAUUUUAAUUGUAAAGGUAUAAAAUAAAAAUUGAUAUUUUCUUAGCGAUUGCCUUAUUCAAAAUGAAUAGAUUUGAAGAAGCAUUGGAGUAUUAUGAUUCAGCUAUUCAGAAAAACUCAGAAAAUGCUGAUUAUUAUAAUGGCAAAGGUAUAAAUUAAUGAUAUAUAUUUCUUAGCGAUUGCUUUACGUUCAAUUAAUAGAUUUGAAGAAGCAUUGAUAUAUUUUGAUUCAGCUAUUCAGAAAAACCCAGAAAAUGCGGAAUAUUAUAAUGGCAAAGGUUUAAACGAAUGAUGUAUAUUUACUUAGGAAUUUCCUUAUUACAAAUAAAUAGGUUUGAAGAAGCAUUGCAGUAUUAUGAUUCAGCUAUUCAGUAAAAUCCAGAAGAAGCAGACUAUUAUAAUUACAAAGGUAUAAAUUAAUGAUGUAUGUUUUUUAGCGAUUACCUUAGAAAAAAUGAAUAGAUUUGAAGAAGCAUUAGAGUAUUAUGAUUCAGCUAUUCAGAAAAACCCCGAAAAUGCUGAGUAUUUUAAUUGUAAAGGUAUAAAAUAAAAAUUGAUAUUUUCUUAGCGAUUGCCUUAUUCAAAAUGAAUAGAUUUGAAGAAGCAUUGGAGUAUUAUGAUUCAGCUAUUCAGAAAAACUCAGAAAAUGCUGAUUAUUAUAAUGGCAAAGGUAUAAAUUAAUGAUACAUAUUUCUUAGCGAUUGCUUUACGUUCAAUUAAUAGAUUUGAAGAAGCAUUGGAGUAUUAUGAUUCAGCUAUUCAGAAAAACUCAGAAAAUGCUGAUUAUUAUAAUGGCAAAGGUAUAAAUUAAUGAUAUAUAUUUCUUAGCGAUUGCUUUACGUUCAAUUAAUAGAUUUGAAGAAGCUUUAGAGUAUUAUGAUUCAGCUAUUCAGAAAAACUCAGAAAAUGCUGACUUUUAUUAUGGCAAAGGUAUAAUUAAAAAAUGUUUAUUUUCUAAGCCAAUUUAUUAUAAAAAAUGAAUAGAUUUGAAGAAGCAUUAGAGUAUUAUGAUUCAGCUAUUCAGAAAAACCCAGAAAAGGAUGACUUUUAUUAUGGCAAAGGUAUAAAUAAAAAAUGUUUAUUUUCUAAGCCAAUUUAUUAUAAAAAAUGAAUAGAUUUGAAGAAGCAUUAGAGUAUUAUGAUUCAGCUAUUCAGAAAAACUCAGAAAUUGCAGAGUAUUAUAAAUGCAAAGGUAUAAAUUAAUGAUAUAUAUUUCUUAGCGAUUGCCUUACGUUCAAUUAAUAGAUUUGAAGAAGCAUUGUAUUAUCAUGAUACAGCUAUUAAAUAAAACCCAGAAGAUGCAGAUUAUUAUUAUUGCAAAGGUAUAAAUUAAUGAUAUAUAUUUUCUUAGCUAUUGCCUUAGCAAAGAUGAAUAGAUUUGAAGAAGCAUUAGAGUAUUAUGAUUCAGCUAUCCAGAAAAACCCAGAAGAUGCAGAUUGUUAUUAUAGCAAAGGUAUAAGUUAAUGAUAUCCUGUUUUUUAGCGAUUGCCAUAUGCAAAAUGAAUAGAUUUGAAGAAGCUUUAGAGUAUUUUGAUUCAGCUAUUCAGAAAAACCCAGAAAAUGCUGAUUAUUAUAAUGGCAAAGGUAUAAAUCAAUGAUAUAUAUUUCUUAGCGAUUGCCUUACGUUCAAUUAAUAGAUUUGAAGAAGCUUUAGAGUAUUAUGAUUCAGCUAUUCAGAAAAACCCAGAAAAAGCAAAUUAUUAUCAUGGCAAAGGUAUAAAUUUAUGAUAUAUAUUUCUUAGCGAUUGCCUUACGUUCAAUUAAUAGAUUUGAUGCAGCAUUGGAGAAUAAUGACUUUGCUAUUCAGAAAAACACAGAAAAUGCAGAUUAUUAUAAAUGCAAAGGUAAAGGAUGUAAAUUUUUUUAGCGAUUGCCUUAACAUAGAUGAAUAGAUUUGAAGAAGCAUUAGUGUAUUAUGAUUCAGCCAUUCACAGCAACCCAAAUAAUGCUGACUUAUAUUAUGGUAAAGGUAGAAAUUAAUAAUAUAUGUUUAGCGACUGCUUUAUAUCUAUUGAAUAGAUUUGAAGAAGCCUUGGUGUAUUUUGAUUCAGCUAUUCAGAAAAACCCAGAAAAUGCAGACUUUUAUUAUGGCAAAGGUAAAAAUUAAUGAUUUAUAUUUCCUUAGGGAUUUUACUAUAUGUUUUGAAUAGAUUUGAAGAAGCCUUAGUGUAUUUUGAUUCAGCUAUUCAGAAAAACCCAGAAAAUGCUAGUUAUUAAAAUGGCAAAGGUACAAAAUAAUGAUGAAUAUUUUCUUAGUUAUUGCCUUAUAAAAGAUAAAUAGAUUUGAAAAAGCAUAAAAAAUUUUUGAUUUAGAUAUUCAAAAAAACACAAAAAAUUAAGAAUAUUUGAAUAGUAAAGGUACAUUUAACAAUUUUACACCUCUAGUUACAACUGAAACAACAUUUUGUGAAAUCCAAUAACAAUAAUUAUUUCAAGUUUCCAAUUAUGAAUCUAUAGGACCGAAUAAUGAUGGUAGUAUUUGA